UGCACUGCUUUGCACCCACCUGGCUGUUCUGUGUUCUCGCUCAGGCUGAGCUCAAACUCCCAGCCCUGCCAACAGGACCAUGUGUACCAGCCUGACCACUUGUGAGUGGAAGAAAGUCUUCUAUGAGAAGAUGGAGGUGGCCAAGCCAGCCGACAGCUGGGAGCUCAUCAUAGACCCCAACCUCAAGCCCAACGAGCUGGCCCCUGGCUGGAAGCAGUAUCUGGAGCAGCAUGCCUCAGGCAGGUUCCACUGCACCUGGUGCUGGCAUACCUGGCAGUCAGCCAACGUGGUCAUCCUCUUCCACAUGUACCUGGACCGCGCCCAGCGGGCGGGCUCCGUGCGCAUGCGCGUCUUCAAGCAGCUGUGCUAUGAGUGCGGCACAGCGCGGCUGGACGAGUCGAGCAUGCUGGAGGAGAACAUCGAGAACCUGGUGGACAACCUCAUCACCAGCCUGCGCGAGCAGUGCUACGACGAGGACGGCGGCCAGUACCGCAUCCACGUGGCCAGCCGCCCGGAUAGCGGGCCACACCGCAGCGAGUUCUGCGAGGCCUGCCAGGAGGGCAUCGUGCACUGGAAGCCCAGCGAGAAGCUGCUGGAGGAGGAGGCGACCUUCUCCGGUGCCUCCAAGUCACGGGCCCAGGAGGGAUCUGGCUACAACUUCUUCUCUCUUCGCUGGUGCCUCUUGGGGGCCUCCCUCUGUCUGCUUAUUGUGUAUCUGCAGUUCUCCUUCCGAAGAUCGAGCUUCUUUUAG